AUGUCCACUCUCGUUGACAAUGCAUCAGAUACCAUGUUCACUGUCAUUGAAAAUCCAUCUAAUACCAUGUACACUGUCAUGGACAGUGCAGUAGUGUAUAUUGCUGGAUGGGUUGUUAGAAAAGUUACCAAAACAAUAGAUUGUAACAAGUAUAGAUUAGCACUCUUUGAUAUGAAAGGACAAGUUACGCCAACAGCUUCUGAUACUAAAACACAAUGGUGGUCUAGUUUUCCCAUCCUGUGGUGUUGUUCAUGUUGUUCAGGCAAAGGAGGUAAAAAAUUAAUUUUAGGUGACUUCAAUGUCUCAUCUAUAGACUGGAAUUCUGUUUCAACUUCUGGAGGGGUCAAGUCCUUUUAG